UUAGUCAAGUAUUUAUUACUUUCAACAGGAAAGUUUAGGGAGGCCAUGGCGAAAGUAUGCGUGGAUGAAGUGAUACGUUUCACGUCGGAUUGCUUCAAAGCGCUCGGUGUGAAUGCGAAAGCCGCCUGCCAGCAAGCAGACAUGCUGUACCAGGCGGAUCGCAUCGGGUACUACAGUCAUGGCUUAAAUAGAUUGGAGUUCUAUGUAAAUGAUGUUAAAACUGGCGCAUGUCAACCAAAUAAUGAGAUCAAAGUGGAGAAAGAAACGACGUCGACGGCGUGGGUGAACGCUAACAACGUUUUUGGCUCCACUGCCGCGCAUUUCUGCAUGGGCUUGGCCAUUGAGAAGGCGAAGAAGAGCGGCGUUGGAUGGGUUGCUGCAAAAGGGUCCAACCAUUUCGGUAUUGGUGGAUACUGGGCAAUGUUAGCUGCUAAGCAGGGCUUUGUGGCAUUUGCAUUCAGCAAUAGUUCGCCGCUUCUCGCGCCCACAAGAAGCAAAAAGCCAGCGCUGGGAACGAAUCCAAUAGCUUUUGUUGCUCCUGGCUGUAAUGACGAUUACUUCUACUUGGACUUUGCGACAACAGCCGUUUCUAUAGGAAAGGUGGCGCUGUAUGCACGUAAAGGAUUGAGGUUGCCAGAUGGUUGGGCCCUAGGUCCUGACGGAAAAGUUACGAACGACGCGCAAGCUGCAAUGAAAACGAGAAGUCUUAUGCCUUUAGGUGGUUCAGAGCAAUCAUCGGGUUACAAAGGCUACGGAAUUUCAGCUAUGGUGGAAGUGUUAUGUGGAAUCACUGCAGGAUCAAAAUAUGGUCAUCACAUACGAACGUGGAAGAUAACGAAUACCAGUAGUGAGGCGGCAAAUCUCGGCCAAACAUUUAUCGUAAUGGACCCCAACCAUUUUGCGCCCGGCUUCAAGGAACGCGUUUCUGAGUCAUUAACGUACUGGAGAAAAAUGGAACCGGUGAAUCCAAAGUUACCAGUAAUUGCGCCUGGUGAUAUGGAGAGGUUAGUUGGUGAAAAAACUGAUCGUGAAGGAACCAUAACGUACGUAAAACGAAUUAUUGAAAUCACUAAAAAACUCGCUAAAGAACUAAACGUCAAACCUUUAAAAGAAUUGCCAAUAAAGAAAUGAAACAAAACAUAAGGAAUGUGAAUAAUGCUUAUUGUAUGUACAUACUAUAUACGAAGAACGAUAGAAUGCAUUUAAGGGCAGUUUUAUUUGGGUUCAUUUGUUAUUGAUAUUAAAAUUGUAAAAAAAUUAAUUUAAAAGCAAAAAUGAGCACAGAGUAUCGAGAAUAUUAUAAACAACAAUAACAAUAGGUAUACCUAUUCUGUGAUUAUUCUUCCAAAGAGCUCGUUAAUUGACUUUU